AUGAAUCUCUCGCUCAAGCACAUACCCUGUCCGGCCGGGCGCAACUGCUCGGCCUACAUGUGUCUCUUUGGCGGCCACGACGGCGAGGAGAUAAGCUGCACGCCGACGGGACCCAGAGCCACUCGACAAGAUGAAGCAGUCACGCUGGGCAAUAGUUCAGAUACUGGCAGUCCCAGAAAGGUCUCCAGACUGAAUUCAUACAACACGACUUCUUCCCGUAUCAUGGCUAGGGCGGCCGUUAGCCGGCCGACACAUACAGACAGUGGCAUAGAGCUAGUGGCAUCACCUUUUCACUCUUUUCAGCGGCCGAUAUCCCCGCCGCCCAAGCGCAAGACUGAAGAUGCUUCCCUGAUAUCGGCUCCGCCCCCGGCUGAACCGGUGAAGCAAGAAACACUUAAUCCUCGGCUGCUCAAGCAUUCGCCGGCCAGUCAUGAAAUACGGCUAAAGCUGAUCAAGAUGCUGUUCGCGGAAUACAAGCGACUAAAUGGCGAGCUGACCAAGAAUGCCAAGGAUAGUGAGAAACGACUUAUCCUCUCCGAGCAGGCAAUUAUUCAACGGGUUCUGAAUGAAGAAGAAGCCAUAGCCGUUGGCAAACCAUCCGUGUACGCCAAUGUCAUGAAGAACAGUGUCAUGAAGUACAAACGUCUUCGGGUUGGCGACUGGACCAAGGAGCGCGAAAACGAGAUGCCUGUGAGCAAGAAGCGCCAGCACGACGUCAUGGAAGGUAGUCCCGUCAUCGUCGAGACUGGCCUGACGCCUGCGCAAGAAGUCCGCCUCCUCCAGCGCCUCCUCACACCCAUCGACGCCCUUGCCGGCCACGGCUACAUUCCGUCGAUGCCUUCGGAUGAUGAUCUUGACAAGGCAACCAAGGGUCUUGAAACGGCCCAAGGCUGGGAGUUGUGCGACCGCUGCAAUCAGCGCUUUCAGGUGUUUGCUGGUCGUCGCGCCGAAGACGGCGCGCUGACGUCGGGAGGUGCUUGCAAUUUUCACUGGGGCAAGGCUUACUUUCCCGAAAAGACACCCGGUGACCGUAGCAAGCAACCAAAGCGCUACCUCUGCUGCGGGCAGCAGAUUGGCGACUCUGCGGGUUGCUUCACUCACCCAAAUCACGUUUUCAAAGCCCCAAGCCCGAGCAGACUCGCCCUCGUACUCAACUUUGUGGCAACGCCAGAGAACGACUCGGCGCCAACAGACCGCGCCGUGUGCUUUGACUGCGAAAUGGGCUAUACCGUGUAUGGCAUGGAGCUCAUUCGUCUCACAGCCACAUCUUGGCCUGAUGGUGCCGAGCUCCUCGACGUGCUCGUGCGGCCCUUUGGCGAGAUUCUAGAUCUCAACUCGCGCUUCUCGGGCGUUUGGCCCGACGAUCUCGCUCAGGCACAGCCAUGGUGCCCUGGCGACCCCCUCGUCCCUCCAGCCAACGGCGAUGCUGGCAGCCCCGAUUCCUCAGGCAGCCAGGACGGCCAGGUCUCUAAGAGAGGCCUCAAGAUCGUGUCCUCACCGGCCGCGGCGCGGGACCUGCUCUUUUCGCUCAUUGCGCCAACGACGCCGCUCAUAGGGCAUGGCUUGGAAAACGACCUCAACGCCAUGCGCAUCCUGCACCCGACGCUCAUCGACACGGUGCUCGCGUUUCCGCACAAAGGCGGCCUGCCGUUUCGCAUGGGCCUCAAAACCCUCAUGAGCAUGCAUCUGCACCGCAAGAUUCAGGUCCAGCACGGGUCCAAGAUGUUGGGCCACGACUCGGCCGAGGACGCGCGCGCCGCCGGCGAGCUCGUCCGCUUCCGGAUGGCGCGAGAGUGGGCUGACAUGAAGAGGGCUGGCUGGAAGGUCGUCGACGGCGAGUUUGUUUCACCAGCGACAGGCGACGUUGAAUCGUCCCUUAACAAUAGCAAAGGUGGCUUGACGGAGGAGUUUCUCGAAGCGGCGGAACCGCCGGCAGAUGACGAGAGCGAACACGACUAA